AUGGAUGCUAGCAAUAAUAUUCAUCCUACAGUAAGCAUCAUCACUGAUUUCUCCCCCUCCCCCCACCCACGCUGUUUAACCAAACUUUUCUCCUCUACUUCAUCUAGCGUCGGGUCUCCGACCGCAAAUCGAAGCCUUCCAUGGAGGCAUUGGUAGACCACCACAAACGUAUCUAUUGGGGCGGUCCUUCAACUCCUGUUGGCAGCGCCUCGCGACACCACGAACAACCACAGCAUCCAGUAAGUCAUUCACUCUUUUUCUCCACUAACCUUUGAUAUGCAGGUUAGCCCGUCAGCGAUUCAAAUUUCCCUCAGCUCGCUGGACGGGAGUGAUAGACCCAAUGAGCAUAACUCAUUAGCCCAGGUAGGCGCGUGUUCCAUUGCGUCGUCGGCAGUCGCACGGUUUGCACACGUUAUGUCUGCGUCCUUUUCCCACUGCUGUUGCUACUUCUAUUACUAUUACUACGACUACCACCCCUGCACAACUACUCCCCUCUCCUCUUCCCAUGUCUGUUGGCGUAUGCAUGCUUGUUUGCCCGCGUACUCGAUCGUCCUCCUUGGUGUCUUCGUACAUCCGGCAACUGUUUUGUAACGUUCUACACCUGUUGCAUCUAAUAAUAACAUUGCCACAGGUUCCCACAGUCAGAGAUGGGAAACGUUUCAUGAAAACACCUGAAAAGCCUCCCUCAGGUGACUCAGAAUCGAUCAGGAGUUUUGAGAAAAGUUCGCAUGGGAACAGUAGGUAUGCUGCCCGCCACAAAGAAAUGAACAUCAACCUCAAAGCAAGUUAGAUAUGGGAUGCCGAGAUAAAGCGACAAGGACGCAAAAAUGGAACACCAAAAAAUGGCGCCGCCUGUGUCCACCUCCCUUCCACAUCUUCACUACCAGCGCACACUGAAGAUUUGCAUUGCCCUUGUCCGACACCUUUGCAUCUACACCAACAGACUCAGAAGCAACUUAAACAUUACGCCGAAUUCUAUCAGCCCGUCAGCCUAACCACACUGAAUAUGUGUUCUGGGUCCCUAUCGUUCUGGUUGAACGUACUCACACUAACUUCAAUACAGCUCACCAGUAAAAUUCCAACCCUAGGAAAUACGCAACCAACCACCGAAUAAGGUCCUUCAAUUUUGGUGUCUUUGGCUCUGAAAUGCGACAGGACACCUAGGCAUUCAAUGCGAUCACUGCAAAACCAGGUGUCGCGCGCGUUGUUACCAACUAUCACUUUCAGCGUUUCACCGUUUAGUGGAAUUCAACUCCUGGACCCGUUCUUCCUGUUUGGCGUCUAUCUAGGCCCCAACCACCCACAGCCAUAGCCUUCCACCCGGCAGUUCGAACAUCGCGCCCGACGGUGUCUACCGUAUGCUUCGCAUUACGGCUGCGAAGAAAUCCGUGCUCCUUUGCGUGUCCCGUUCUGAAGUGGCGCCGAGAGCGCAGUCGUCGGCGAAGAGAAGUUCAUGGACGGAAGUUGCGGAUACACGUGACCGGAAGUGUAUCCGCCGAUGAUUGAAGGGUUUACCGUUCGUCCGGUAGGCGAUGCGGAUCCCAGAGCGUUCGCCACGGUAGGCGUCCAUUAACAUCAGAAAAAACGAGACUGCAGUGGGUGGGCGCGAAGACCCAGUCCUACUUCACUCCCUUGGUCACUGUGAAUUCCUAUGGGACGGCCCCAUUGUCCGUGACGCGCGCCGUCAUGCCAUCGUGAAGUUAAUGCACCUUCGGAGUAAAUCUCUCGGAACAGCCGAAUUUCUGCAUGAUUUUCCACACCUUCGCGAUCUAUUGUUUCAAAGGUUUUCGUCAGAUCCACGAAGGUAGAAUAGAGGUAUAUCCGCAUAUACUGACAUUUCUCCUGUAGUUGGCGGACGGCAAAACUCACGUCGGUGGUGCCGCGAUGACGGCGAGAGCCGCACUGGCUUUCCGGCAGGAUUCCCUGUUCCAGAUGGCCGUUAAGACGAUUUAGGAGAAGGAGAGCGAAGAUCCUUCCGGCGAUCUUGAGCAGCUAGAUUCGCCUGUGGGUGUCGCAGAGUUGGCAGUUCCCUUUCCACUUGUAGAGAUGGAGGAUUGUGGCGUCCUUGAAAUCCUAGGGGACUUAUCCUUGGCGCCACAUCUCCUGGAAAAGUGCUGUCAGGUGAUUCAUGACUUGGGGGCCGUCGUACUUGUAGAUCUGAACAGAGAUCGCGUCUGAUCCGAGCGCUUUCCCUCUGAGGAGCUGCUGCUCGACCUUCAUGGUUUCGUGUAGAUAGGGGGCGAAGUCGAGGUCGGCGUUGGUCUUCACUUGAGGCAGACGGACGAUGGCGGCGUCGGAGAUGGCAGAGGGACGGUUGAGGACCCCUCUGAAGUGCUCAGUCCAUCGCUUCAGAAUUUGCGCCUUCUCAUUGCGCGGGAUAGUUCUGUCGGCACUGAGAAGAAGAGCGGCUCCUUUGGCUGUGAGGCCGCAGACAGCCUUGAUCGCAGCGAAGAAGUUCUUUCAUGUGUUGGCGUCUGCGUACCCUUUGGUCUCCUCAGCUUUGGGAGUCGUCCGGGACCCCGUGCAUUCCCCGCAGCCGCUGUUGCACAAGGCAGCGACCACGGUAGAAGGCUGUUCUGUCUGCGUCGAUAGGGUUGUUGACAUAGGCUUUGUGCAGCCGGUUCUCGGCGAGCAGGUUGCUGAUGGCGGCGUCGUUGUCGUUGAAUCAGUCCUGUUGUUGGCGACGUGCGCGACCGAGGGCAGUCAUGGCGGUUGACUGGAUCGUGUCCCUCGGUUGGCACCAUGGGUCCUCCAUGGAGGUGUCCUCGCCUUCGGCAGCGACGGCGGCUGGAAGGCUGGCUAGCCGCUGACCCAGCUCGUUGCAGACAAAUUCAACAAAACAGUAUUCAACUUACCUGGUGGUCGCUUAUCUUGAGGUCUCCUGCGUGUCUGCCGCCGGAUCCUCACCUUGGAGAGUACAAGGCUAUGGUCGGUCCACCCGUCGGCACCCGGGAUCGCCUGUGUCACAGGCACGUUCUGUUGUUCGGACGAGGACAUGGUUCAUCAGGUGCCAGUGUUGUGACCGAGGGCGCAUCCAGGUCGCCUUCUCUCUCGUCGGGAGGCGGAAGGUGUUGGUCAGGAUGAGGCAAUGUUCUGCGCAGGUUCGCAGAAAGAGCAGGCCAUUGUCACUGGGGCCGCCGAGACCAUGGGGACUUGGCAUUCCUCUUCAGGUAGCAUGGUCUGUGCCGACGCGACCGUUGAAGUCACCAAGGACAAUCAGCAGAGUUACCGUGUGUACGGAUAGCCUCACCUGGUUUAGCCCGCCGGUCGAGGCGGUUACCGGGCUGUGGCCGCUAGGCAGAGCCUAGCUUCGGAGUCGCAGGUGAGCUUGGUGCUAGUUAAUGGACCUGCAAGCAAGUGAGCGGCCUAUGACCAUCACGUGGACCCGCAACUGGACACCCCUACACCUCAGCGUUCUACCCAACUGCGAGGACACAGACCUGCCCCACGGUGGGCGUACACCGGAUUGUACUCAUCGGACACUUUCAGAUACAUUGUAACACCGAACUUCAAAGCAGUUUGCUCAUCACCCAGACACAGUUCGAUUACGACGAAAAAGCCAUUUUUUAUCUCGCACGACCUAUUUUCCUUGUUAGCGUUGUCGUGCCUCCUGCUACCAAUUUGUCCUAUCUAGUCGGUGCUUGUUGAAAACGCAUUUUUCUGCCAAUUUAUCCGUUAUGGAGCUGAGUUCUACUUGCUAGCUAUUCGAAACUCAGCCAUAAUCUAGGUUACGCUGUCUCGAGGAUUAAAAUUUGCACCCCGCUUCUUUCUGCAUGUCUUGAGAAGCACUAGGGUCCCGUACGGAUUGCGCGAUGUUAUCAAGAAACAUUAUAGAGGCCUCAGGUCCCCAAAGUGAGGGCUUUUCUUGGUCAAACAGAACCAAAGUCUGACCAGCUGAACUUCGUCCUAAGCAGUGGAGUUAGUAGUGGGAGUCCUUGCCCUUUCUUUGUCAGCCAACCGCAUUUCUUGCUUAGUUCUUGUGGCUCCGAAAGCCACCAAGUCGAACGUGGAAUUUCGGGGGAGUGACGUUCACAUUUGUUCCUUAGAGGUUUUCACUUCGUAUUUUGUGCGAUUUUUGAACACCUGAUGAUUUUAGUCAAGGGUACUUUUCGUUAACAAAUAAAUGAAACUGUGGAGUAUUCGAGGUGAGUUUGAUGAACGAGUCACCAUUGGCCGACAGUGAGUCGCCGAGCCAAGUUUGACAACCAGAGAAUAAAAUACGUUACAAAUUGCCGAAGUGGAUUUUAAAAAGUUUCGAAGACAGCAGAAGAAUCUUCGUGCAUGAGCAGUCAUCUUUUCAAUCCAACACUUCUCCCACCUUCCAAGCAAAGAACUGGUGUGUUCUGCAGAAGAUAAAAGAGGAUACAAGGUUGGCGGAAUGUAUUUAAUGAUUUGCGCCUUCGGGCCCAUACGGAAGUUCACCUUCAGAAACCAAGGAAGCAACGACGAAACACAGAAGUUACGGUAAUUUUCAAUCAGCGGACGGCGAGUGUGGCUGGCUUUGAAUGCGCUUGUAAGGUUUGACAGUCGGCCGUAGUUUGUCUCUGACCUCCAAAGACGGUUAGAUAAACCCACUUUGUCCCUCGAUUCGCCGUCCUUUCCGUCGCGAGCCUUCCCGGCUUCUCGCGCAAAGUCAUGUGCGAGGUCCCGAGGAGGUACAACAAAAAGACAGGGACCUCUACGAGGUUUUUUUUAGUUCUACCAACAAACUUGCAUCACCUUCAGUGGCCAAACAUACUAGCAAGUUGAAGGAACUCCGACUGACUCACACAUCUCCGGUCCGAUUUUAGAACUAGUUUUACGUAAGGUAAAAAGAAUUGAGUUUAGUUACUACAGUUUUGCGUUUCGACGUAUCUCGCUGAUGCUACACAGAGGUACAGGCCACAAGUCCGAUUUUCCCAGCAAGAUAAUCAGUCAGCCCACGUAGCAAACUCUGCUAGUUCAUUUCCAUGAAACCAAAAUCGACUGUUGACUAGCUGGAGGAGGUUCUAAAUACUUCCCUUUUGCUGCUCUCCCUUUGUCCCUGAUGGUAUAUUCAUGUAGGGUCCCGAAUGCUUAGUUUAGCGAACUCCCCCAUCUUAGUGACCGCUUUCCUUCCGCAGAACGAUUCUUCCCGGGACUCAGUUAUUUUCGUGUGUUCAUGAAAUACCUGCAUACCGCGCAGCCUGGCUGUCUACACGAUACCAGGACUGUCAUGCCAUUAACUUGUCAGUUUGAUUUGCAAAUUGGUGCUUUUUAGCCUUUACGAAUCCGACUCCAUUUAUCGAGGGUAGAAGUGCCCACUGUGGUGUUGGGUAGUCACAUCUCUCCAUCUUUCCCCUCAUCUGGGCCGACACCGGAGACACGUAUUUCUCCUGGACCCCUGCCAAAACAAACUCUUCCCUCUGAUUUUCCGUCAUCAGGUCUUCAAAAUGGAGUAAGUAUACCCUUGGGGUUUAUUAUUUGUUCUAAUUCUCUUCCGCUUUCUCGCUUUGGAGAUUGAGACGUAUGAGUGGGAGAAUAAGUGGUAAAACAGGAGUUGUUUCAUAAAUUCGGCCUUGUAUCCUCGCUCCGCAUUUAAGGAAGCCAUGAAGAGGCGCUUACCAAACUGAUCAUGACUAUGUCAGUGCAGGUGGAGCAUUUACCCGGUGCUUCACAGUUAGGGCAAAUGAAUUAAUACUUGAUUUCCGUCGUGCCUGGUCCACAGUAAGUUGACACUUCGCUGACGCUAAAGCGUCAACAUCCUAGUGACCAGGCACUGUGUGACAAACUUUUACUUAUAACGUAGUCAUUCAGCUUUUCAUAUUUAGAAAAUCGAGCUACGGUGGUUUCGAAUGUGACAUAAGGCCCCCUCUCGCUCUAUCUACAGUGUCUGGCGUAACUCAUAAAGUGCACCCAGAUCUACAAAACAUUUCGAAUCACUUGGAAGCCGGCCAAAAUGCAGCGACCAAAAGUGUCAGCCAGUAAUAAACGACGUUAAGUGAAAUCAAAUGAUAAAGAAGAUAUUAACAGUAGUACUACGUUGCUUAGGAGCAACAAUGUUCACGCGAGAAGCUGUAAUACCAAAAACGCGAAAAAUCAUGUCAAAUGUGUAAACUCGGGUUUUAGAGGUACAUUAAACUUGUCCAUGCAACGACUGAGUAAAUAAAAGAACAUAGGUAAAACAAAAUUUAACAACCGUCCUUUAGUGAGAUUUGCACUUAAAUAUCAUCCAAGAGUUAGCGUAAAAUAAAUUAUGGUCGUUAGCCAGCUGCCUACAGUUUAAAUAUUGAUUCCAGAACGGAUUUUCCAGAAAUCGCCGCAAUCUCCCUGUUUCUGCUUUGUUCAAUAUGCGGUUGAUUAAGGCAAGAAGAAUGUCGCCUGAUGUCACUGAUAGAGACUUCACAGGAAUAAGUUUCCAUAAAGUCAUACGUCUACAGCCCGAUAAGUGGCUUCUAAAUUUGAAUAGAAUUGGCAUAUGCGAAUCGUGAGCAUAUCAUAUCAUAUAUUUAUAUUAAGAGGACUUCUCUUUCGUCAAAUUAAUGGAUGGCUUUUGGUGACGGAGUCCGUCAGAUUUCAGUGUCCUCGAUAUACCUUUGAAUAUAGUUUUCAGUGUUUUCAAUCGACUGUCCAAUAAGAUCAAUUCUUUGCAGUCUAUUAAAACUUUCAACACAGGAUAUUUUAUGAAAGCAUUUACGGAAGUGGUGAGCUCUUAGGAAUUUUAUGCAGAUGGCUGUUUCGGUCAGAUUUAAAGAGUCACCCAAACGUGAAACCUCAUCGCGAAAAUCAUGAGCGUUUACAACGAAAUUCGGUGAUGAAUAUGCCCAUGAUCAACGGAGAAACUUUUUGUAAGCUACCUCUUGAAAGCGCUUUAAUAAGAUAUUUUGCCAAAAAAUAUCCACAUACUUUGCCCUUUUCCAAGGUCAAGUCAUGGAAGGAAUUGGAGUGUUUGGUCGACCUUCUCACUUCCCUGAAAAGUAUUGAUAAUGUUUUAUUUGCAACCGAAAUAACUCACAUUCCUCUUUAUGUUGAAGCCACUUUCGCUGCCUUUGCUUACUCUUUGUCGGCGGUGAAGAAGUCCGUGCUCCUUUGAACGUCCUCUUCGGUCGUGGUGUUGAGUGCGCAGUCUUCAACGAAGAGUUGGUCUUUGAGAGACACGUUUAGGCCAGUAUGCGCCGGCUAUUGAGAAGAUGCCCAUCGGUUCUUUAGGCGAUGCGUAUUCCGUGACGCUCGUCACGGUAGGCGCUCAUCAGCAUGGCAGAAAAUGUGAGGCUUAAGAGGGUUGGGGCGAGUACGCAGCCCUGCUUUAAGCCGUUGGUUACUGCAAAUGCUUUUGAGAUGGUCCCGUUGUCCGUGACGCGCGCCAUCAUCCCCUCGUGGAACUGACGCACCAUGUGCGUAAAUCGCGCCAAAUAGCCGAAUUUCCGCAUGAUUUUCCACAUUUCAUCGCGAUUCAUCGUUUUUUUUCAGACCCACGAAGGUAGCGUAGAGGUCGGUCCGUAUUUCCUGACACCUCUUGCAGCUGGCGGGCAGCAAAAAUCAUGUCGGGGGUUUCACUGUGCCGGCGAAAGCCACACUGACUUUCCGGUAAUAGCCUCUGUUCAAAGUGAGAUGGUUGAGGAAAAUGCGGGCGAAGAUUUUCCCCGCGAUCUUUGGAAGCGAGAUGCCACUUCGGCCAUCACACAGUUGCCGCUUCUCUCUCCGCUUGUAGACAUGUCCAAUCAUCGCAUCCUUGAAAUCCUGAGGAACUCGUCUUGGGUGUCACAUCUCCCGGAAUAG